GAAUGGUUUAACCAAGUAAAAAUAACGUAACUGUGCCUUUAAGGAGUAAAAUGGAAAGUUGACGUCAUUUUCAACUGCGCAGCCAUGAACCGGAAGGAAGUUGAUGACGCUGACGUAGGUUAGCAAGUUACAUCUACCAAGUCGGCCGUGGCUUCUAUGGAAGAGAUGUCAGGAGAGAGCGCCGUGAGCUCGCCAGUGCCGGCAGCUACCACCCGGACCACAUCCUUCAAAGGUUCCAGCCCCAGCUCGAAAUAUGUGAAGUUAAAUGUAGGCGGGGCUCUGUACUACACAACAAUGCAGACUCUGACCAAACAAGACACCAUGCUUAAAGCCAUGUUCAGUGGCAGGAUGGAGGUCCUCACGGACAGUGAAGGUUGGAUUCUGAUUGAUCGCUGCGGCAAACAUUUUGGAACGAUACUAAACUACCUUAGAGAUGGAGCGGUGCCGUUACCGGAUAGUCGGCGGGAAACCGAGGAGCUGCUUGCAGAAGCCAAGUAUUAUCUUGUCCAAGGCCUCGCAGAUGAAUGCACGGCUGCUUUGCAGAAUAAAGAAACGUAUGAGCCCCUUUGUAAAGUGCCUCUGAUGACAUCAUCGAAGGAGGAGCAGAAGCUAAUUGCAACUUCAAAUAAGCCUACAGUCAAACUGCUGUAUAACAGAAGCAAUAACAAAUAUUCCUACACCAGCAAUUCUGACGACAACAUGCUGAAAAAUAUUGAGCUGUUUGACAAGCUGUCGUUGCGGUUCAACGGCCGCGUACUCUUCAUCAAAGAUGUCAUCGGGGAUGAGAUCUGCUGCUGGUCCUUCUACGGGCAGGGUCGGAAGAUAGCUGAAGUGUGCUGCACGUCCAUCGUUUAUGCCACUGAGAAGAAGCAGACAAAGGUGGAGUUCCCUGAAGCUCGCAUCUACGAGGAGACCCUCAAUAUCCUCUUAUACGAAUCCCACGACGGGAGGGGGCCAGACAACGCUCUGCUGGAGGCAACAGGCGGCGCCGCCGGACGAUCCCAUCAUCUGGACGAAGAUGACGAGCGAGAACGAAUUGAGCGAGUUCGUAGGAUCCACAUUAAACUACCCAACGACCGAACGCAGCACCACCACCAGUGACCUCCCACCUGUUUUAGCUGAGGCCUUGCACCGCACCCGUGCCUUAGACCUUCCCUCAACAGCGCCUCUCUAACAUGCAUUACCAGGAGACGGUAUUAGUGUGUAGCUGUGCCGUUCAUGUGUUCGUUGUGUCUCCUUUGCUGCGGUCUGGCUAACUGACUGCAGUGUGUGUUCAAUUGUAUCACGGUUGUCUUCUGGCACGCAGAAGUUCAUAAUCAUAUGUGGUUGUUCACCGAAGUUUCAACUAACGUCUAUGUUGUAUGUGUGUUCAUCACAAGUGGUCCUAAGGAGAUCAAAAAAUUAUGAUGUCAGUAGUUACAAGUGGAUCAUGUCAUAUUUUCCUUUCCAUGUGGCUUUGAGUGCUUCACUGAUCAUUCAGAGAAUGACCCAAGUGUUAAUCACGAAGUGGCCACCUGAUGGCACUGUUUUUAUUCUUAGACAUUUUUAUUAGAUGUUAUUGUUUAAUACACAGAAGUGGAUCAAAUAUUUCCAAGUCUACCUUAUUUAGUUUGAACCCUUAUUCUUUUUCUGUUCUUAUUUUGUAUGGCGGUAACUUGAGCCCUCACCUGUGGUGGUAAUAUGGACUUCAUGAUGGAUAGAUGCUAAGAUUGGGGUGAACAAGUGUAACUGAAGAUCUCCCUGCCAGAAACAGAUUUGCAUGGACAUGCUUUUUAUCAAGGGGGUAAAUUGACGCUGCCCAUCACAGAAAGUUCAGUUUUGCACAGUUAUAAAUCAAUAUGUGUAACAAUCACUCGUAGAUCUAUUGUACAGAUUGUAUAUGUUAUAUAUUUAUACAUCUAAAAUAAAUUUCUAUAAAUGUA